AUGUCUGCUCGCCCAGACCCUCCCCCGCCCGGUCGACUUGGCACCUCUUGGGCUCAUCGCCCGCGAUGUCGGCCGCAGCCUCUGAGAGGAAAGUUGACGAGAGGAGACCCGGGGGCUAGGUCCCCUUUCCCAAGGCACUGCCGCCUGCCCUGCCCGUCACCCCGGGCUCCCGGAGCCCGCACCCCUCCUUCCCGGUACGACACUCCCUUCACCCAGCCCUUCCUGCCAUCCUUCUCAACGAGAGCUGCGGAGACCGCAGGAGAUCUAGGGGUGACGAGGGCGGGGCGGGGCUGGGGGAAGGGGAAGGGAGGCAACAGCCGCAGGAAAAUACGCAUUCUUUAUUCUGUCUGCAAAGAAGGGAAAGUCCUGCCUCCUACCUGUUCCCUGCUUCUGCUCGCCUCGGCGCGGCACAGCUGGACCAUAACCUACAGGUUUCCCACUUCCGCCGCAAACACCUGGGAGCGCAUCUCCCCACCCGGCGCCCCUACUCGCCUCGGCCGAGCCCACCCCAGCUACUUGACAGCAGAAGCCGGGCCUUUUAGAGCGGUUAUUGGAGCGGCAAGGAAAGUGGGGCGGGCGCUAGAGAAAAAGCCGCGUCUCUGA